AUACUCUGAAAUACAAACUAAAACGAGAGGAAAACCAGAGAAAGUUUUUGGGUGUUAGGGUUUCAAGAGAGAAUAGUUCAAAAAAACCUUCAACAUGAAGGCUGUCAUCAUCCAAUAUUCCUCAGCGUUACUACUCUUCUUAAGCAUCCUCCAUUGCCAUGCAGCAGUUCGACGAUACACAUUUGUCGUCGAUGAAGUGCCAUACACAAGAUUGUGCAGCACCAAGAGCAUCAUGACCAUAAAUGGGCAGUUCCCAGGACCAACUUUGCACGUGCGUCAGGGCGAAACUAUCAUCGUCGAUGUUUACAAUAAGGCCAAGUAUAACAUCACCAUUCACUGGCACGGAGUGAAACAACCGAGGUUUCCCUGGUCGGAUGGACCAGAAUAUAUCACCCAAUGCCCGAUACAACCAGGAGCUAAGUUCAGCCAGAAGGUUAUAUUCUCCACGGAGGUUGGGACCCUUUGGUGGCACGCUCACAGUGACUGGACACGAGCCACCGUUCACGGUGCGAUAGUGAUUUAUCCUAAGAAAGGAUCGAGCUAUCCUUUUAAAAAGCCGGACAUGGAAACUCCAAUAAUAUUAGGAGAAUGGUGGAAGAAACCGAUCAUGGAGGUUUACCAUGACAUGCUUCAGUCGGGAGGCGACCCCAACAUUUCCGAUGCUUUUCUGAUCAAUGGCCAACCUGGUGAUCUUUAUCCUUGCUCAAAACAAGAUACUUUCAAGUUAAUGGUGGAGAAAGGCAAGACGUACUUGCUACGAUUAGUCAACGCAGCUAUGCAGGAGCUCAUGUUCUUCUCCGUCGCGAAACAUAAGCUCACGGUUGUCGGGACAGACGGUGCCUACACAAAACCAUUGACGAGAGAUGUCAUCACAAUAUCUCCGGGUCAGACCAUCGAUGUACUGUUAGAAGCCAACCAGAAGCCCGACCAUUAUUACAUGGCAUCUAGGGUUUAUGCCAGUGCUGUCGGUGUAGCGUACGAUAACACGACCACCACAGCUCUGGUCGAAUAUGCCGGAGACUACACUCCGACAUCUCCCCCUCCCUUGCCUGCUCUUCCGUACUAUAAUGACACAAGUGCCUCGGUCAAUUUCACCGGCAGCCUUAGAAGUUUAGCGUCCAAAAAGUACCCUGUCAAUGUCCCCAAGAAGAUAACCCAUCGCUUUGUGUACACGAUUUCAGUGAACUCCUUCCCAUGCCCACAGAAUUCAUGCGCAGGCUCAAAUGGUGGCCGACUCGCUGCGAGCGUCAACAACAUAAGCUUCGUGAGCCCAUCAAUUGACAUUCUCCAAGCUUACUACCAAGGGAUCAAUGGCGUAUUCGGGGCCCGCCUCCCAGAUUUUCCUAAGUACAUUUUCAACUUCACGGGCGAUAACCUGCCAGCGUACUUGGAUACUCCGAAGAAAGGGACGGAGGUUAAGUUUCUGGAGUACAACUCCACAGUGGAACUUGUCUUUCAGGGAACAAACAUACUCGCCGGGACAGAUCACCCAAUGCACCUCCACGGAUACAGCUUCUAUGUGGUCGGGUGGGGGCUCGGGAACUUUGACCCGAAGAAGGAUCCUGCCAACUUUAACCUCAUUGACCCUCCGCUUCAGAACACCAUUGCUGUCCCCAAAAAUGGGUGGAGUGCAAUCAGAUUCAGAGCUAAGAAUCCAGGAGUGUGGUUCAUGCAUUGCCACAUCGAGAGGCAUCUAUCAUGGGGAAUGGACACGGCCUUCAUAGUGAAGAAUGGAGGGCCACCGAACACACAUUUGCUGCCGCCACCACCGGAUAUGCCACGCUGUUAAGACAGCGGAGGGCCGGGAAUCGGUCUCUGCAUGCGUUCAUAAAUCUCCAUUUGAUGACAGAUGACCAGUUCAAUUUGCAUACCGGCCGGAGGCGACCUGUGAAGACAAACAUUUCUCAGCUUUGCUCAUAUAUUAAAUUUGCUUUCCAGAUUAAUUUGAUUGAUUUGGACCAAAUAAUUCUUCUGACAAGAAUUGUUGAAUUCAAAUUAAUUUUAGUUUCAUCAAUAAAGUGUAGCUGAUGUUGGAAGUAUCCAUGUACGUGCAUGGCCCCUCAACCUUAGCAGUAAAUAAAAGAAAUUAGCCGUUUGAGCUGGUUUUAUGCUAAAAAA